AUGUCGUGGAUGGACAGCUGGUCACGGCCAAAUAAACAAUCAGCGACACCCCCACCUCUAUACCUCACGAGUGAAGAUGUCAAGUACUGUCUUGCUUGUGGCCGAGUAAUCAGUGAUCGCAAAUCACACCAGAAAAACAACGUGGUCAAAUACUGUUCUGAUGGCUGUCGGAAGCGCCGCGUAGGACCAGUAGACAGAAAAAUAGACUCGACCAUCUUAGCUCUGCUGAAUGGGCAGAAAGAAUCUGGUAUCGAGAAAAUUGACGUGAAGAGCAGAUUCCGAAAAGGAGAUCACCGCAACAUAAUCUUCUGCGACGAGAUCGAGGACAUUGUCUUCCCAGGCCACAGCCAGAAGUUGGCCGUAGCGAAACCUGUUGCAGAAGCCACAAAAGAAGACGAUGAGGAUCCCUAUGCAAUUCCGAACGACGAAGACCUCGACUCCCAAGGCAACCGACCGAAUCCUGCGGGUCCUGGAUUGGAAGAAACGCGUCGGGAAGGUCAAAAGAGAGCAGACGAGCGUGAAAUGGUACGACGCGCAGCUAGACGUGCUGUGGUUUUCGGCUUUCCAAUCGAUACUGACGAGGCCCCUGCACAAAAGCCAUCAGAGGACGGACCGAGGCGAAAGUGUGAAGCUCUCAUGAAUGGAAAGGUUGUUGAACCUAGCUUCGCCAAGGGCAAUUGGUGUAUACGAUGGCGUGAGUAA